AUGGUCCAUCGACCCCGUGUGGUCCUGUAUGAUGCAACGAAUGGGGAUCACACGGCUUCUGGCUAUGUGGACCCUAUCUCGCCUACUGAGAGCGAGGGCGAGGAGGUUUACAACCCCAUCACAGGCAUGUUCGAGCGCGUGGGGUUGUCGCGAUACUCCAAGUCAGGAUUCCGUAACCAGAUAAACCAGUAUGCUUUCCAAACGACACCUCCACAGCCCGAGGUUAUCUACCCAGAUCGUGUCCGCAGAUGCGCGUUCUUGCGGGAACCAACGACACAGAUUAUGCUAGGUGCCAUUGCUGGUCUGCUACUGGGUAUGAUUCUAGCCAACCUGGACGUCUCGGACAAUGUCGGCACUCUCGUAAAUUUGCCGGGAAAAGUGUUUCUCCAGGUCCUCAAGUGCUUCGUGAUCCCCAUGGUAUUCACAAGUUUGUCCACAACUGUUGCUGACAUCGUACUGCUCGGAAAAGUAUCAAUCGUCGGUACUCGCACAGCUUUGAUAUUCACGGGCUUGUCUUUCACAGGAUCGGCGCUGUCACUCUCGAUCUCAAUGCUUUUGCGUGAUCUUGUGCCACACACGAAGGGCGUAGUCGCGGAGACUUCAUCGGCUUUCUUCAGUAUUUUGUGCGAGAAUGGUAAUUUCUUCACGUACAACUACACAGGCGCAGCCUUGUGUUCUGCGACUUCGCAGGACGGCACGACGCGGUUCGAGUUUUUCGACCCCACGAGGGUCCUUCUGAAUGAUGGCACAGCUAGUACCGCAGCUACCGUGUCGAUGCAAAUCACGGAUAUCCUGAACCAGCUCGUUCCGUCCAAUAUUUUCUCGAGUUUUGAGCAAGAUCUGAUACUGAGUGUAACCACGUUCGCCAUCGCCUUCGGAGCUGCUGCAGUCAAAACUAGUUCUCGCGAGAGCAGCCCCUUACUUGACGUACUCAAGCAAAUGAACAAGGUGUUCUUUCGAGUGAUUAGUAAGGCAAUCGACUGGAGCCCGCUUGCCGUGAUGUCACUCGUGGCCGGCUCGUUAUCAGGACAAGAAAUGCUGGGCGAAGCUGCACGACACGUGGGUAUACUUGUGCUGUGCACGGUCCUCUCGAUAGUGAUCUUUGAGCUGGUUUUCUUCCCCAUCUUGUUGUGGGUGACGCUGCGGAAGAAUCCUUUCCCAUACAUGCGCGCCAUGCUCCCAGCAGCGAUGUUUGCACUGGGUUCAUCGUCAUCACUCGUGACACUGCCAGUGACUCUGCGGUGUGUAGAGUCCACUCGCGAGGUUCCUCGUAGCCUUGUGCAGUUUGUGGUCACCAUCGGCUGCAUACUUCACAAGAACGGAUCGGCCAUUUAUUUUCCAUGCGCCUUAGUUUUCUUGGUCUCCACAAGCGAGAGUGCAGUGUCGUUGGGUUGGCUGCAGCUUGUUCUCAUUUUGCUCUUGUCAGUGCUAGGCUCUAUGGGCACGGCACCCAUUCCAAAUUCAAGCGUCGUCAUGAUCUACUCCAUCUGGACGACGAUUUACCCCAGCGACGAAGUUCCCGCGAGCUACAGCUACUUAGUGGCCAUCAGCUGGCUCCUCGGGAGACUAGUGACUGUGUGCAAUAUUGUUGGCGACGGAUACGUGGCUCGCAUAAUCGCCGAGCAAAUUGAAGACGAAGAUGUCGACGACUGCGAGAUGCACUCACAGCCCAGUGCAAAAGUCCACGCGUCGGGCUUGAGACUUCUAGUAAGCAUGCCUUGCUUCCUGACCGAGUGUGACCCCAUGGAGGAGGCCAAGCGCUUCGGCAUGGCCAUGGCAGGCCUGUACGUGUACCAUUUUGUGAUGGACACGGUGUUCAUUCGUCCGACAGUGCGCUACAUGAUGCGCAAGGGCUGGCUGACCAAGGACAAGGAGGACAAGAUGCGCGAGUCUUUGUACAAGAAUGCCGCCGUCGGCGCAUUCCACAUAUUCGGGCAUUUUGUCGGCUGGAACGAGUCGUGGUUUCUCAACAAGGAGGAGUACUUCAAGGACUUCCCGUAUGUGGCCAACGAGGCCCAGCGCUGGUACUACAUGAUUUACCUGAGCUUCUGGUUCCAGAGCAUCGACUUCAUGCUCAACGUCACCAACAAGCACUACACGGUCAAGCGCAAGGAUAACGCCGAGAUGCUCGUGCACCACUUUGCCACUAUCUCGCUUAUGCUUUUCUCGUACUACGUCGAUCUUACCAAGAUCGGCAUUUGUGUGCUCAUGAUUCACGACGUCAAUGACCUGCUGCUUGAGACCGGUGCGCACGCGGAUUUGAGAAUGCCCUGCCGGGCAGCUUCCAUGGCAUCAGUGCCCCUGUGUGGAAUUUGGGCCUGGGGUUAA